AUGAUCUUCCCAGACCGAACCUCCUUCACCCCUCUAUCAAUCAUCCCCCUCCCAUCCUCCCACAUGCUCCACCCGAGAUCAUGUAACCCUGCAAUGGACCUUAUCGUCUUGCUAUCCUUGCCCAGUCCAUCUACAUCGACGAGUGGCAGUUUGUGGAAAGGAAAGGGGAAAGAGAUCGGAUCGAAGACGCAGAUCUCCUUGUGGCGCACGGGUGGAAGUAAAGUUUGGCAAGUUGGUGUCGAAGGGGAUGUUCAAGGUCUGGCAUGGAACGAAGAUGGAUUGAUCUUAUCUCUUCUGAGCUCGAGCUCAAAUGGAAAUUUCGUUCAUCAUCUAUCUGUACAUACCGGAGAGAUUAUAUGGUCCGUUCCAGUGCCUUCGGAUCUAAUUGACGAGAAUAGGAAGGGAAGAUGGGUGGAAAUGAAAUGGAAAGUCUCUCAAAAUGGGUGGGCCAAAGUCAAGAACGGUUCUGCACUAGAUAUCAUAGAUAGUCUGCCUACCGUUACACCUGUGGAUCCACCCAAACCCCCCAAUCAACUCCCAUUCAUGCGUCAAGCCGCUCUCACGCAAACACCACCCAAACCAACUAUACAUCCGUCCCUAUCUACCUUUCCUGCACUCUUACCAUCUACUAUACCACUUCAACCCGAUAUACUCCAUAUAGGAUCAUCCGAAUACUCCCUUUUGACUGGUACUUUUGCCUCACCAUCAGAUUCCGAACCUAGUCAAGAGAUGAUGGAACUGUCGAAAAUAUCAGAUAAGAUAGUCCAUCUACUGGAUAUCAUAUUGAGAGGAAUCGAAAAUGCCGAAAUUCAUUUUAGAGAAGGUGACAAGCAGACGAUGAUAUGUAGAGAGGAUUUGGAAACUUGUGCGAAACAGCAGGCUAUGUCAAUCCAAGAUGUUCAUUCGGAUCUGUUUCGGUUUUUAAUGACUGGACGAAGUGGGGUGGCUGUUAAUGAAUGGAUGGGAAAUCGAUUGACAGGUAGGACAAUAACGAAAUGGGAUCAAACGUUAGAUACGUCAUUCCGAACUAUCCAGAACCUGAUCAUAGAAAGUAUAUCACCAGCUUUGGAGAGGUUGGUUUUGCUCCUGGAAGAGAUGAGAGGAUGGAGUAGAACACCCAAAUAUCAAACUCAAUUACAACUGAACGAGAAUGAUAUCUCCAAAGCUAUAGAUCUAGUAUUGGGUUUCGCCAAGUUGGUAGAAGGAAUGCGGAGAGACGCGGAACACGAAUUGAAGGCAGCUUCAGAGUUUAUGAAAUGGUUGAAGUAUGAAAUCGCCAGAGCAGCCUCUCAGGAUCCCUCAUCCGAUGAUCUCCCACUCCCUACCCACGAUCUCAAAUCAGUAUGGUCCUUCAUGUCGAACGGUUUCGUCCGUUCUUCUUUUCAUGAUCAUUUCCCUUAUCUUCUCGUUCGACCUCCUAAAGAUACCCUUCCAUCGGACCAUACCACCUAUCCCCGAAAAACUACCAGAUCUUUAGAUGAGGUACUGAAGGAGACUAGUCAAGAACUUCAGAUUGAUCAUCCACGUAAUGUGGGGGUGGUCGACACGCCAUCGGUACAGGCUAAUGAAUCGUUAGGUUCUGAGGAUACGUCGAUGGAUAUGUCUAUAUCGGGGAUCAACGAGGUGCAGGAUGACGAUGGGGAUUUGACACCUACUGGAAUACUAUCUGAUGAUGAAGAAGAAAACGAGGGAAUAUCCAGAUUUUCAAGUCCUGAUACGGUAGGAAACAAGUAUGUUUCAUCAGAAGAAGAAGAGGAAGAGGUGAAGAGGGUCAUGGAGAAGGAACCAUGGGUAUGGGCGAAUACGCUUAUAAGAGAUUUAGAGGGGUUAGUGAAGAGUGCGGUGGGUAGGGCUGAAGGGGAUGGUGCUGAGAGGAUAGAAAGGGAUGAUGAGCUGGAGCUGAACCUGAGGGAUAAAAGGUUGGUAGAUGGUGGGUUGUGGGAAGUUGUGGUUCUGCAGCAAGAUGAUAUGCAAAGGUUAUGGUUAUUAAGCAUCGGCAAUGCCAAUGACUCUUUGACAAUUUCGAAGUUCGCUACGUUCUCAAUCUCAGAAGCAAGAUGCCUCUCAAUUAGAUUUUUCGACGAUGAAGAGAUCGUCUUGUUGAUGGAAUCUGAAAAUGGACGAUAUCUAACUACCUUGAGAUAUCCAGAUAUAUCAGAUGAGAUGGUCGAAUUGCCAGCUAUGAGAGAAUGGAGAUUGGUGGAUGUGGUCAGGGAGUAUAGAGAUGCUUUUGAGGAUAUUCCCUCAAUACCGAUAGGCCGCUCGAGAUAUCUCGGUCCCACACCCCAAUCUGAUGAUAUCCUAGAACGGGACUCGGAGAUAGCGUUGAAUGGGAGGAAGGGAAGGAGAUUGGGUUGUAUAUUGUAUGAAGAUGGGAAAGAAGUGCAGGUUUGGGAUUUGGACGUUGAUGAGGAUGACGAAGAGGAGGAAGAGGGAGAGGAGAUGGAUGGGGUUGAGGAGUAG